AUGGAGGCAGUCAAGAAAAAGAUGGCAGCCCUCAAGGCAGAGUCUAGUACAGCUAACGAAAUUGCUGUCAGAGCUGAGGCUAAAUUAGCCGAAGCCGUAAAGAAAGCUGAGGCGGCCGAGGCCCAGAUCGUUGAGUUGGAAAAAAAGAUUGCUCUGGCAGAGCAGGAUCUAGAUGCCGCUGAGGAGAG